ACACACAAAAACAAAUAAAUAUUCAAACGUCAUAGCAGCCGUCAUUAAGCCACCAUUAUUUAUUAUUUUUUUCCAACAAAAUUCAAGUUACUAAGCCGUAAUCAUGAUACAGAAAAUAAAAUUGUGUGUGUAAUUAAGCAAAGUCUUCUUCACUCUCCUCUGCCCAGUAUGUCCUUGAUGACCAAUUUCUUAAAGUGUUUUUCUGGAAGUGGCUUCAGGAAACCCUUCUACAACGUCUUAGCCAAUCAGCUCAAAAGAAGCUUCUCGGAUACUCCAAAGGCCGAUACUGAAUCCAAGCAAGUGACGGUACAAAAUGUGCAGGGCAAUGAGAGUGAGGAGCGAGUUCGUGUGCGUCGCGCGCGCGCCUCGGACGUGCCACGCGUGCUUCGCUUCGUUCGCGAGCAUGCUCGGAGCGCCUGGCCCGGGCUCGCCGCGCCCCCCAGCGGCUCACAUUUGAUUCUCUGCGACUAUGUAGCCAGGGCUCUCGCUCAAGGUCUGUCCGGUUUUCUUUGGCACUCCAUGCUAGCGGAGCAGCAGGAAGCCCGCCGUGGCUGGGGCUCCGUCCGCGGGCUGGCUCUGGGCACCGCUAUCUGCCCGUGGGAUGCGGCCAUGUUGGAACGCUGGGCCCGCUGCAUGCGGUGCACCAAAUCCAGACGACUGAUGCACUUCACUGCCCAUUGCCUGCGCGCACCCGCCUUGCACGAUAAAUAUCGUGUGCAGAAGAUAUUACAGAUAACAUUGAUGGUUCCAUUGGACACUCCGAAAAGAUCUGAUAUCAUCAACGUGCUCGCUCGAAACGCCAUCCAGCGAGGUCGGGAUGUGGGCUUCAAGGUCGUUAGGUUUGACACCUGUGACGCCGUCAUUGCCCAAUCACUCGAAGACUUAGACCUGAAGAAAGAAUGGGUCCUUACAUACGAUGUAUAUCCUGAUGCUAUAAAAGAAACUGCUGAUAAAUCACCGAGAACAGAAUCAAAACACGCAAAAAGUGUGGAAGAAAGGCCAGAUGAGAAGAAGAAAGGAAAAAGAUCACAUUUUCUUGCAGUUUACACUUCACAUACACCAGACGUCAAACCUGCUGAAUCAUGAUUUAAAUACAAAUUUAUCCGCGUGUAACAAUAUAAGGAAACAAUAUAAGUUAACGGCUUAGUGACGGCUGCUAAGA